AUAUAAAGAAUCCCCGCUUGUAAAAUGUCUCAUAUUCAAUUUGCGUCGUAAGGUCUUCAGAGCUGUAGAAAUCGGGAAAAGUGAUAUUCCAUUUUCAAUAUGAUGUCAAAGUCAUUGGUACUUAUUUUUGUUUUUCUCAAUAUAAUGUGUCAUAAAAUCGCUAUGCCAUUUAGCACAUUCAAACAUUCAAAUAGUAAGAGUCUUUAUGAUAAAUCAUUUUCGGAGAAUUUUCACGAUGUAAUUGCACUUUACGCUCAAGGUACGAAUCCAAAAUAUAUUAAACAAUCAGCGCAGAGAUACGAAAAUUCUUACAACGUUGCUGCGACUCAAGUACCUAAAGUCAUACGAAAACCCAACUCAUCUGCCGCUAUUCAGCAUGAAUUACUCAAUAAAGACUCAGAAAACGCGAUAUACGUGAAGUACUCGUACAACUACGGUGUCGUCGACGGAAAUACCGGGGACUCGAAGGCCGCCUGGGAGGAGAGGGAUGGCAAUACAGUAAGAGGCGAGUACUCGGUGCUCGAGGCGGACGGCUCUAUCCGCAUCGUAACUUAUACAGCCGAUGAUCUACAUGGAUUCAACGCCGUUGUUAGGAGGAUCAAACCCUCGAGGCUGGCCUCUAGGCCAAUGGCAGUUCAGACCUUCGAGCUCGCGUCCCCUUACAAACGUCCGAGGCACAAAUCGUUUCGAUAGUCAUCCGAGCUCCAGGAUCACUUAGUCUCCACUGGGCUUUCGUCAUUCAAUGUUCGAACGAAGCUUUUAUUUAUGUAUGAGAAAUAAUGGGAUAGGUAUUUACGCUUUUCUUAUAAAAACAAACUAGAAUUUUGA